AUGCUCGGCGGCGCGGGGGCGGCGGCCCCGGCUCCUCUCCCGUCCCGCUCAGCAGCCGCGGGGAGCGCGGCGCCACAGCACCCCCCGGCCCUGGCUACCCCUCGGGGAGGCGCAGGGCGGCCCCCUCCGUGCCGCUCGCAGGUGAAGAGGUCUCGCAGCCCCCGCGGGACUCCGUCGCCCAGCAGGGAAGCGGCCCCGCGGGCACCCAGUGAGCGGGAGCCGCCGGCGAUCCCCCACUCGGCGCCGGAGGAAGGGGAUCCGCUCACGGGAGGCCCCUCAGGCGCCGCCGCAUCGCUCCUCGCGGGGCCGGGUGCCCAGGGGGUGCCGCCGCUCCUCUCGCCGCUACUCCAGCGCCGGACGGGCACAGGGCGGUGGCGGCGGUGCAGAAGUUUCGCCGUCAGCCCCGGCACGGCAAAGAUGGUUGAGGCGUCCCGGGGAGCGGGCGGUGCGCCCCGCGGCGCCGGGCUCCCACCGCCCCGUGCGGGCGGGCAGUGGCAGGGCUGGGGUGGCCGGAGCGGCUCCUUCUGCCGCUCGCCUGAGCGCUCGGCUUCGCGGGCGAGUGCUAGCCGGGCGGUGCUCGCCCUGCGCCUCCUCCGGCUGCCGGAGCCCCGGCUACGGUCGCGCCACCUGAGCCGCGGGUCGAGCGCGGCGGCGCCUCCGCAAGUUCUCGCUCUCCGGCCCCGGCAGCGCCGCUCCGGCCGCCGCGCUCUCAUGAAUAUUUAUAGCGAGAGACGCCUGGCCCCGCCCCCAGCGCCCCAGCCGCCAAUCAGCCGCGCUCGGGCGGGCGAUGGGGGGCGGGGCCCAGCGCUCCUUAAGGUGGAGUUGGCGCGGGACCGUGGUGCUGGUGGGCGCUGUUCGGUGCCCUCGGCCGCGGGGGGACGUGGCUGUUGUUCGGCGCGGUCCGGGCGCCGUUUAAGCGGCGCUCGGGGCUCCCUCGAGAGGGGUUUUCUGUCACAUCGCUGGUACCCGCGGGAGUUCGUCACCCGUGCCAGCGCUGUCCCAUCCCGGCUGUCCUGUCCCAUCCCGGCUGUCCUGUCCCGCGGGGCUCAGGCUGCCUUUGCACCGCCCGUCGCACGUGUUGGUGGCGGAGGUGGGAGCGCGGCGAGGCCGGGAGGGGGCCCGGUGGCACCUCAGCCCGUACCUGUCCGCGCCCCUCCAGCCCAAAAGCAUCGCUGCGGGUACGGGCGCACAGACGUGCAGUGCGAACGCAGCGCUGGGUGCCCCUGCCCUGCACAUCGCGGGGGGCAGCGAGCGAGCGGUGACAUAGGGACCCCCGAGGCGCAGGAGCCGCGGGUCAGGGGGCGCUCGCCGGGCGGGGUAGCUCCUCAAGCGGGAUGGGCACCGACGCUCCGUGUGCGCCCACGGGCCGGCGCCGGGAGCUCCCCGUGGGAUGCGCGGAGGAGCCGCGGCAGGUGGACGCUCCCGCCGGGUCCCUGCCGGGGCGGGACGUGGGCACAGCCCGGCAGAGCUGCGGGGGACGCGCUCGGGGCCCGCACCCGGAGAGUGCCCCGCAGCCCAGGGGGAGUCCCGGGAGGCCAGUUCUGGCCCGGCCGCGGCUCCCGCGCCAAGCCCGGCGCUGCGGCGGUGACUCGCCGAGGAGCCGCCUGCAGCCGCCCACAGCGGCAUGACCCGCCAUCCCGGCGGCGCAGCCAUCUGCUGAUCGGUGUCCGCUCAGACGCCCCCGCCCCGCCGCCCUGCGCUCCCGGGGUCCGUGGGGCGGCCCCGGGGGGACUCGGCGCUUUCCCCCGCCCGCCGCAGGGAAAGGGCCGGGCGGGAGUUCCGGCGGCCCCGCCGUGGCCAGACCACCUUAAGGGGCGCGGCGGCGGCGGGCGCGGGCCAAGCGCGGCGGGGCCGUCCCGGGGGGUUGUCGCGCUCCCGGGACGGGGCGUUUGUUUGUUAAUUGACGCGGGCGCUCCCGCUGCGGCCGCCCUGAUGGAACCGCGGGAACGCGGCAGGGAUUGUGUGAUCCGCCGGGAGUCAAACCGCGAGAAGCGGGGCCGGGGGGAGGGAGCCUGCCCCGGGGGGGAGGCGGUGCGGGACGCCGGGAGGAAAUGGGACGCGUGA